GACUUGCUAGAACUCAACUAUAACCCUUCUUCUCCCUCCUCCUCCCCCUCUUUUGUCUUCUUCCUCUAUCAUCUCCGACAACGGGGCCGACCUUCACAGUUAUGGUGUUGCAAAAGAGAGACACAAUUAGGAAGGAAAUUAGGCCCUAGAAUAUACAAAACUACAAUAAUUCGGUGUGGGAAAAGCAUCAAAAUAAUAGAUCUAGAAAAUUAUGAUGUGUCUCAAGUUGGAGUAUGUCGGAAAAAAUAAGUGAUUGGAGCCAAUUUGAAAUUGAAUUGUUGAGUAGUGUCAAAGGCAAUCAUGCGUUGGUUGGCGGAGACCUGAUAAGGAGUCAAGCUCAAUACCCCAACAACCUGCCACCUCAGAUCCCAAAUUCAUUCCCUCCUGUUGAACAUGCAAAAGGAGGAGAUGAAAAUCAACCUCACAACUCAGCUCACAAUUCAGCUCCCACCCCUAACCAAGGAGAUGUAGUCACAGCUCAUCUUGCUGCCAUGCAACAGCAGUUCGGUGUCUUUCAGUUGGUUUUGGCUCAACUCUUAACUCGGAAUAAUCCUGGUGGUCCCUUCAUCAAUCUACUUAACCCUACUCAACAACUCCCUGUUCAACAGCAAGACCCUCAACCAGUUCAACAUGCUCCUGCUGUUAGUGAGUCUCAGGGUCAGUCACACAUAGCCCCAACUCAACAACAUCUACCUGAUGAUGUCACACGACGUUUGGACAGCUUAGAAAAAAUGGUAGUUGAGCAGCGAGGUGCCCCACCUCCCCACCAUAACACUGACUCCAUACCUCAUCCUUUAAAUACUAAUAUUACAUUGGAACCUUAUCCUACUAGUUUCAAAAUACCAAAACUGGAGACAUAUGAUGGAACGAAGGAUUCAGAUGAUCACCUCCAUGCUUUUUAUUCCUGCAUGCAAGCUCAGAACGGCUCUAAUGCGUUGAUGUGCAAGAUCUUUCCCUCCACUCUCCGUGGUAAUGCUCGAACAUAAUACUAUAGUUUGCCUCCGAAAUCUAUCAGCUCUUAUACAGAAAUGGCAUCUGCUUUUGCUACAAAGUUUUCCAAUAAAAGGUUGAUUAGGAA